AAUGGCCAAGAUCAAGGCUCGAGAUCUUCACGGGAAGAAGAAGGAGGAGCUGCUGAAACAGCUGGAUGACCUGAAGGUGGAGCUGUCCCAGCUGCGCGUUGCCAAAGUGACAGGCGGUGCGGCCUCCAAGCUCUCUAAGAUCCGAGUCGUCCACAAAUCCAUUGCCCGUUUUCUCACAGUUAUUAACCAGACUCAGAAAGAAAACCUCAGGAAAUUCAACAAGGGCAAGAAGUACAAGCCCCUGGACCUGCGGCCUAAGAAGACACGCGCCAUGCGCCACAGGCUCAACAAGCACGAGGAGCACCUGAAGACCAAGAAGCAGCAGUGGAAGGAGCGGCUGUGCCUGCUGCGGAAGUACACGGUCAAGGCCUGA